AUGAUGAUUCAUAAGAUCGUAGCCAUGGCUGACAACCCGAACCAUCUGAUCCUGAUGGACAACGAGACCCGAGGCAACAUUUGGGAUUUGAAAACGAAAAGAAUGGUCCGCCACCUGCCAUCGUUCACUGGAGAAUGUACAUCUGAUGGCAAACUGGGGAUUCAUGCGCCGAGUAAAGGUGGACUGCAGGUAACGUGGUUUUAAAGACAACAAUAUAUACUUAUAUACAAUGAAGGAUAAAUUAAUACUUUAUAUCUACAAUUCAAAAUUUUUUAAAAUUUACAUAAAAGUUUAGUUGAUCGACAUGAAGACCGGCCAAGUGAUGAAAACCUUGAUUGGCCAAGUAGCCGAAGGAGUUAACGAUGUCCAAGCUCGAUUCUCCGACACAGAAGACCAUGUCCUCUACUACCACAACGGACUACAGACCCUAAGGGCAUUCAGAAUCAGUGAUGGUCAGUUAGUUGGAACCCUGAGACCACACUCUCGAGUAACCACAUGGACUUGUGACAAGUCCGGUCAAAUCGUGGUUAUUGGAGGCUUAGAUGGCUCGUUGUUGACCACCUUCUUGUACGAUGAGAAAACUCAUCCAGAUUCUCAAACAGCUUUGGCAAAUCUGCCAAGUCGGCGGUAUUUGGCUGAUCAUCUGAACAUUGUGGUAGGUUGAAGUUUUUCGAUUUUUUUCGGUACUUCAACAUAAAUUUACAAAUUUUGUUUUAGUAGAUUUAACUUCAGCUUAGAAACAACGUCAUUAAACUCAAAUAGUUAUAUUAUCACACACAUGUGUUGCAGGUUGACGACGUCAAUUCAAAUGACAACUCAGAGUUCCGCAACCUUACAGUACUGACAAAGGCUGUUCAGAAGUUCAAAUGUCUGAUCAACAAGGACCAGCAGUCUUCACAGGUUUGCGUUAUACAGUAA